AUGUCGGAAGUCUACUCCACCGCCGCGCUGUACGAUAGCGCGGGGACGAAAUGCAGCUGCCCGAGCGGGUGCGGCGCGUGCACGUACCGCUCCGCGAAGACGUUCUCGACGCACGACACGAAGUUAGGGACGAAGAACGCGCAGACAGACCUCAUCGGCGACUUCGACUCGUCGAAUUACUUCUCGCCCAAGGUGUACAUCAACGGCGCGUCGUCGUACAUGACGGACGGAUCGACCACGCUCACGGGGUGCCCGUCGAGCGCCGAGCUCGUGUGUCUGUCGUGCGAUAACGACUCGUACGAGCACCUGUCGUACCUCGCCGGGUCCUUCUCGCGGACGUCCGACGGCCUCGAGCUCGACGGCACCGGGUUGUUUUGUCUCGGCAUCAGCGGCCGUUUACUGACGGACGCGGGGCUGUCGUUUAAAGAGUUGGGAUGGCUCACGAUGUACCUCAUCAUCCUGUUCGUCGUCCUCUUCGCGCUGUUCAACGCGCUGAGGAAGAUAAGGUACCUUCGGUUCUCGUUCGACCCGUGCCUGUACAUGGAGAAGAACAACCCGCAUUACCCGCCGUAUGCUCGCCCAGACUUUCACUUGAAAGGGACGUUCGGGUGGCUGAGAAGAGCGUGGUGGGUGAAGGACACGGAGCUGUACAAUUUUAUAACCACCGACGAGCUCAUGCUCCUGCGGUGGUUCCGGCUCGCGUACACCUGGUUCUGGGGUCUCGUUCUGUUCGCGAUGUGGCCGUUGAUGAUAGCGUACAAGUUCGAGGGCGAUUACCAGGUCGAGAAGGAUAACAUCCCUGGUGCGGGUUUACACGAACUCGGGAUCAAGCGUUUGUCGUUGACGAUGGCGUACCGCGGGAACAUACUGUUGAUAGUCGUCGUCGAGAUAUGGCUCGCGUCGUUGUGGCUCGUGUACUUGCUCGGUAAAGAAACUCGCGCGUACGCGCGGUUGGUAUGGAAGUCGUCGCCGAAGACGACCGGGAUUAAAGCGCACGCGGUGCUCGUGUCCGACAUCCCGGUUCUCACGACGGAUCCGUACGAAGACGACGCGCCGGGCGGCACUGGAGGAAACGGUCUCAUGAUGGCGAUAAACAAAGCGCUUCAGGACGAGUUAUCGGACUCUAAGGAAGUAGUAAAACGAGAGAAAAGCAUCCAAGACAUGGACGUUGUGGACUCGCCGCUCGGUCAAGUCGUCCGCGCGGCGACAGCGAAGAAGCGAGUCGAAGAAGCUGGCGAGGACGCGGAAGCGACUCCGAAAAUGCUUCCGCGCGCGUCCUUACGCGCGGAAGGGUCAUCUAUCCGCACGGAACCGUCGCGCAACCAUGCGAGUAGCAUGCUCGAUGAUGGAUACAGUCAAUCGCCUCCGAGUUCUCCGCGCGCGGGGAAGGGGCUGACGAAGGACGAAGUCGAAGCUGAGGAGGCGAAAAAAUUCAUGAGGAGACACAAAAGCGAACUCAAGGAGUUCGUAGCACGCCAAGGUUUGGACGACUACAGCACCCUGCGCGCGUGCACGCGAAAGGAGAUUGCGACGGCGGUGAAGAAGAAGCUCGAGCUCAUCUUAGGCGAGGACGCGGUCGUUUCGAUCACGAUUGCGCGAGACACGCGGAAACUUGACAAAGCCGCCGAGGCGUACAACAACCUGAACAUCCGUCACUUUCAGCAGCUGGUGUUGGAAAACAACUUGAAACUGCACUUAUCCGAGUUAGAUCAAAAGCUGAUGAAAGAGUCUGAAACGAUGAGCGCGGAGGAGCUGGCGCGCACACAGAAAGCGCAUAACGAUCUGGUCAUCAAAAUCGAAAAGUCCGACGUGCAACGCGAGAAGACUCGCAACAAGCUCCGCGACAAGUUCCUCGCCUUCGACCAGGGACGUCAAGACUACCUCAACGACGAGUCCCCGUCCCCGUCCGCGAUCGUCGUCUUCUCGCGCCAGAUGGACUCCGUCAUCGCGUCCUCUAUGGCCUUGGACGACUGGUACGGGCGAUGGAAGACGUCCGCGGCGCCCGGCCCGAACGACCUCGUCUGGCACAAUGUCUCGCUCACUUCGAAGCAGCGCUUUUGGAAAAACAUGCGCGCGCACGCCAUCGCGGCCGUGGUCAUCCUGUUCUUCAUGAUCCCUAUAAACUACAUCACGUACCUCAUCAGUCUAGGAUACGACGACAUCGUCGCCGCCAUCGGCACCUCCGGGCACUCCAUCCUCAUCGCGCUCGUGCUCACGAUUUUUCUCGUCGUCGGGCAUAUUGUGUCCCUCGUCUUGUCUAAACAGUACGGGUACACGAGCAAAGCAAAGAUGGACUCCCGAGGCGCGGACAUCUACUUCUGGCUCUUGUUCUGUAACUUAUUCCUCACGAACGUCAGCGGGAGCAGCGUGCUGUACGAAGACCUGCGGGUGUGGUUGAACCGACCGGCGACGAUGGUGAACGCAUUAAUGGUGCAAAUUGUCAGCCAGCAGACGUUCUUUUUGCUGUUUUGCAUGCUUCGCAUCGCGCAGUCGUGCCCGCUCGAGCUCCUUCACCCGCCAUUUCACCUCGGUUUCAUCGUGAAGAGCUUCCUAUUCAAGGUGCGAUCGCAGUCGCGCCCCGCGCUGAAGAUGAUUCAGACGUGGACGCAGCCAGAGAACACGCCGAUGCACCGCGUCCCGGCCCAGACAAUGUUUGUCUUUUUCCUCGGGACGAUGUACUGCAUGGUGCAGCCACUCGUGAUCCCGGUGUGCGCGGUGUUCUUCUCCUUAUUCUACCUGUUCUUCAAGCACAACCUGCGGUAUCACUACAUGCAAUCGUACAACUUUGGACAGACCACGUGGCCGUGGCUCGUGCAGUACACGUUCAACUCGCUGAUGUUGGCGCAAAUCAUCAUCGCCAUCGGCAUCUCGACGUUGAUAGACGACGGGGACUGGGGCGAGAGAUUGCGGUAUCUGCUCCUCCCGCUUCCCGUCGUAACCUGGGCGUAUCACCGACGGACGAAGGUCAUCAUGCGCGCGUCGAGAAAGGUCCCGGUGACGCGCUCUGGUAAAAAAAGUGUCCCCGACGACGACUCGGACUCGGACAAGUUCUCGGACGAUGAGCAAGAGGAGAUCGACGAGCAAGGCGUCGUGAGCAACAUCAUCGGAAACGUCGCCUUGGUGUUCCAUAAGACGUUCUCUCCGAGGAAAAGCGGCAAGAGCACGCCGGGAUCCAGUCGGCGUCCUUCCGACGGCAACCUGAACGAUUUGAAUUUUCGUACUCAGAACGAUUUGAACAACAUAAGCAAGUCCAAAUCGUAUACCCGAAAACAUGUGAAGUUGCUCGAUGAGUCCCGGCUCGUCGCGAAAGAGAAGGUGAUGAAGCUCAUCCGCAAGGGAAUCUGGAGAGACUACCUCCCGAUUAACAUGUGGCCGCUCAUGGCGGAGAGUUCCGCGGCGUCCGUCAUCGUGAAACGAUGGAGGGAAACGAAUGCGCGGAGGAAGGCGACGCGGAUGCUCAGUCAGGGGCUCGCGUCCCCCAGCCAACGAGACGCUUCCAUGGACUUCGUGGGCUGGAACCCCAUGUACGCCGCGCCGGAGCGAAUCAUCGCGGACAUCGCGUCGGCGACGGCCUCCGCGCGCGGGAGGCUGUCGCGCUCGUCCCGAUCCCCCCCCCCGCCGCCGAACGCGUUCCGCUUCGAAGCCGCCUUCGCCGCCUUCUUCGCGGCCCUUCGCCCGCUCGGUCCCAGCCGCUCCGGCUCUCGCGAGGUCACCCUCGCGCCGCCCGUGCCCCACGCGUAUUGCGUCCCCUUCCCGCCGCUCACGAGCGCGUCGUUCUCUUCCUCGGACUCGGAGUCGUCGACGGAGGCUGGCGGGGACGGGACGCCGCCGCCGUCCAGGUUCAUCCUCGACAUGUUCCUGAGGUACGACGCCUCCCUCGCGCGUCGUUUCGCGCGGCGUCGCUCGGAGUCUUCCCACGCCGCCUCCGCGGCCGUGACCGCGGCGUCGGCUUUGACCUCGUCGUCGUCGUCGUCCUCGGCGGCGUCGUCAUCCUCGGCGUCCUCGGCGUCGUCGUCGCGCCGUUUACUCGCGAGAAACUCUUCGUCGGACUCCGAGCCGUCGCCGUCCAUGCAGUUGCGGAUGUAG